AUGGUGCACCUGUGUAAUGAUCCCAAUGAUUCACAGCACAAGGUGCACCUGUGUAAUGAGCCCAAUGAUUCCCAGCACAAGCACAAGGUGCACCUGUGUAAGGAUCCCAAUGAUUCCCGGCACAGGGUGCGCCUGUGUAAUGAGCCCAAUGAGCCCCAGCACAAGGUGCGCCUGUGUAAUGAGCCCAAUGAUUCCCGGCACAAGACUACUACUACUACUACUACUACUGCCUCUACCACUACUACUGCUACCUCUACCUCUACUACUGCUACCUCCACUACUGCUACUAUUGCUACUACUACUGCCACCUCUACCUCUACUACUACUACUAUUGCUGCUACCUCUACCACUCCUACUACUAUUGCUGUCUCUACUACUACUACUGCCUCUACCACUACUACUACUGCUACCUCUACCUCUACUACUGCUACCUCUACCUCUACCUCUACUACUACUGCUACCUCUACCACUACUACUACUGCUACUACUGCUACAUCUACCUCUACAACUGCUACCUCUACUACUGCUACCUCUACCACUACUACUACUGCUACCUCUUCUGCCUCUACUACUACUACUACUACUACUACUACUACUACUACUACUACUACUACUGCCUCUACCACUACUACUGCUACCUCUACCUCUACCUCUACUGCUACCUCCUGUUUCCCCGGCUCUCCCCGACUCCCCGGCUCCCCCCGGCUCUCCCCGGCUCCCCCCGGCUCUCCCCGGCUCUCCCCGGCUCCCCCCGGCUCCCCCGGCUCCCCGGCUCUCCCCGGCUCUCCCCGGACCCAACUUAUCAUCAAGCCUAAGAUGUUUUUGAAUUAG